GAGGAUGAACCACAAGUUUUCUCUUAUUCAUAGGUACAUUGAGUUUUGGUUUUUUUAAAAAAAGAAGCAUAUUUGUGUGUCCUAAGUAACUAAGCUUGUGAGUUGAUGUUUUCAAAAACAGCUUACUGAUGGGAAACAGUGAAUUUCCAGCUGAACGAUCUCAGCAUAUUUUCAAGACUCCAACUUCCAGUUAUGAAUUUGGUGCAAAUCUCAUUGACCCAAAGUUGAUGCUUGACGGAAGGCUCAUGAUGGAUGGUACAGUUAUUGCAAGAUUCAAUAGCGUUUUAAAGGAGAACUUCACCAUCAAGACUACUGCUCAGCUGACAAAUGAGCUAGAUCAGUCACAAGGCGUGUUCACCGUUGAUUACAAGGGGUCCGACUAUAGAACUCAGUUUCAGCUUGGAAACUACAAGAAUCAGUUUAAGCCUGGAACCAGCUCCCUGUUCAGAGCUAACUAUAUUCAGCAUGUCACACCCAAGCUAUCUUUAGGUGGCGAGGUUUUAUAUCUUAGUGAGCAUAGGAAGUCGGUUGUUGGUUAUGUGGCUAGAUACGAGACUGAUAAAAUGGUUGCCUCUGGGCAAGUUGCUUCCUCUGGUGUGGCUAUCAUGAACUAUGUUCAUAAAGUUACAGACAAGAUCUCUUUAGCAGCAGAAUUCUUUUACAGUUUUAUGUUAAGAGAUGGUGCAGCUAGUGUUGGGUAUGACCUGAUGUUCAGACAGAGUCGAGUAAGAGGAAAGAUCGAUUCUAAUGGUGUUGUUUUUGCUCACGUGGAAGAACAAUUGUGUCCUGGACUUGGUUUGCUUCUAUGCGCUGAGGUAAAGAAAAUAACUCUAAGCAUGCGGUUUCAUGGUCAUGAAUGUUAUAAUGAUUGGUUUAUUAAAAGGACCAUUUUCUUGAAUAAUCAGGUUGAUCAUGUGAAGACGGAUUACAAGUUUGGUUUGGGUGUAAAAUACGAAGGCCUCUAGAUUUUAUUUUCUUUAGGCGUUGUUUAUCCUCAAAGAGUUAUCAGCUUAAGAAAGUGACUGUGAGGCACUCCCUCUCUCUCUCUCUCACAAACUCUUUGUUUAAGGUUUUAAGUGUUUUUGUGUAUUGCUUCCAAAAGAAUAUAAUGUGUACGUUUUUUAAUCCCAGUACGUUUUUUAAUCUAAUGUGUGUUAACUUUUGAUUAUUUCUUUUCUGUGUUCUUGCAAUAUAAAUCUUAUACCGACACUAGAAACAGUCUUUAAAAAGAAUUAACAAAAUAAUUUAUAUCUAAGUACUGAACUCACAUUUCUAAACCAUGAAUUGUGUGUUUAAAAAAAAAAAACCAGGAAUUGUGAUAACUACACCAUUUGUUUUACUUUACAUUUACAUGUUAAACAAACAUAAACUAAGAAUUUUGUUUGUUUAUAAUAUCCUUAAAAUUUGGAGAAUAGUAGAAUUAAUGCACAAAUCAUUUUAAAUUCAAAAAUAGAAAAAUAAAUAAUAGCAUCACUUCAGUAAAAAUAAUAAUAAAGAAUAAACUAGUUUGUAUGUUUUGGAGAUCAUUUGAGAUUGAGCAGAAUCAAUGACUAGUUUAAGAUAACUUUUAAUUACAGGUACUAGGUAAAUUUUAAAUUAGUUGAAAAUAUUUCAUGAAAUUGGAAAAAACAUUUUUAAAAAUAAAAGGUUGAACUAAUUAUGUUAUGAAAAAUAAAAAUUUGAACUACUUACUUA